GACACAGCUACUGCUCAGCACACAGGCUGAAACACUAGAGAGUAGGUUUUCAUGUUCAUUUCCACAGGGACAAGGGGAGCUGUGCUACCUGAACUGGGGCAGGAUCGUACCGGAAUAGUAGGAGAGAAUUGUGAAUGCGGAGUACAACCCACGUUAGAAGGAACUCCACCUGGACAAGAAUUUAAAGAAAAACUGUUAAGAAAAGCGACCCUGGAGGAUAAAUUAAGGCGCAGAUCCCAUGUGCUAAUGAGAAAUGCGCUGCUUAUGGGGUACUCAUCACAAAUGUGAGAAGUAGCCUCAGGAGGAGACCAUAGCCCGGUCUUUGAAGUAAGCUUAAUCUAACCUAAAGAAAAGAAAAUGACAAUGAUAGUUAUAUAAUGGACAGCAAUUUGUAAUUAUGUCUUUUUAGUAACGGUAAAACAAAACAAAAUGUACUUUGUCUUUAACAUAAAUUAAACAAAACGGAACAACAUUAACAAUCAAAAACAAAGGAUUUGGAGAUAUUCCGUAAGAUUGGUUUGCGGAAGACUUUACAUUGCCCAUCAUCGCAAGUUUAGAAUUUGCUACUACGUAUUGAAAGCAUCGGUUUAGGGGAAAAUAGUCUGAUUUUUAUUUUGUCAUACGCAUUACCGAUGAAUGAGUUAAAGCACUCCUGAAUCACUGGACUGAAACCAGAAGCAGUUCUUCCUUUGGUCGAUGCAAAACCAAGCCACUGGAAUACUGUUUUAUCACGCUGUUUCAUUUGUAAGACUCUGAAAUGGGUUGUUUCUGCGCUGCUCAAGAGGAGUUUUAUUGCGAGGUCUUGCUUCUGGAUGAAACCAAAUUGACGCUAACCACCCAACAGCAAGGGAUAAAGAAGUCAACCAAGGGGUCGGUUGUCCUGGACUACGUAUUCAGUCAUGUAAACCUGGCAGAGACAGAUUACUUUGGACUCCGAUACUGUGACAGAAGUCAUCAAACGUACUGGCUGGAUCCCUCAAAGACCCUUGCUGAACACAAAGAUUUAAUAAGCACAGGACCUCCUUACACACUCUACUUUGGAGUCAAGUUUUAUGCAGAGGAUCCAUGUAAACUAAAAGAAGAAAUUACCAGGUACCAGUUUUUCCUACAAGUGAAACAAGAUGUGCUGCAAGGCCGCCUUCCAUGCCCAUUCAAUACUUCAGCGCAAUUGGCUGCCUACGCCAUCCAAUCUGAGCUGGGAGAUUAUGAUCCGUAUAAACACACAGCAGGCUAUGUGUCAGAAUAUCGCUUUGUCCCAGAUCAGAAAGAAGAGAUGGAGGAAGCAAUUGAGAGGAUCCACAAAACUAUAGUGGGUCAAGUUCCCUCAGAAGCUGAAAUGAAUUACUUAAGAAUUGCCAAAUCCCUGGAUAUGUAUGGAGUGGACCUUCACCCUGUGUUUGGAGAAAACCAAUCUGAAUAUUUUCUGGGGUUAACGCCUGUUGGUGUUGUUGUUUACAAGAACAAAACUCAAGUUGGGAAGUAUUUCUGGCCUAGGAUUACGAAAGUACAUUUUAAAGAAACACAGUUUGAACUCCGUGUACUGGGAAAGGAUUGCAACGAGACAUCUUUCUUUUUUGAAGCACCCAAUAAAAUGGCUUGUAAACACCUCUGGAAGUGCUGUGUAGAAUACCACACAUUUUUUAGAAUGCCAGAAAAUGAUUCCAGCUCCUUGACAAGAAAACUGACCAAGUUUGGCUCCCUCGGGUCAAAACAUCGCUACAGUGGGAAGACUGCUUUGCAAAUGACUAAAGGUCAGUCUAUUCAGUUGCCCCGGCCAGACCUACAUGUACCCAGAACUCGCAGCAAGACGUAUCCAAAAAGAACAGCUCAGUCUCAACAAGCAGGGAUAAACAAUGUCAGUCGAGCAAAUACAAAACCUGAUAAUGGUGAAACUGAAGGAACAACCAAAAUUAUUGCACCUUCUCCUGUGAAAAGUUCAAAAGUAACUAAAGCAGACAACACAGAUGCACAUCAUGAGAAAACCAGUGCACCAUGGGAUGAAAAUGGGCCCCAGAGUGGUUUAUACAAUUCUUCAAAUGACCGAAACAAAUCACCUAAAUUUCCAAACCCCAGGAGGCGAACCCCUUCAGGGGGCAGUGAGAAUGAGGUGGUGCAGCCAGCCAGGCGCAGGAAAGGUCAGAAUGAUGAUCCAGAUUCAAAACAACAGCGAAGAAGAUCACGUUCCCGUGGAAACACCAGCAGUGGCAGUGAGUCAGAAAAUUCCAACAGGGAACACAGAAAAAAACGAAACAGGUCUCGGCAGGAGAAUGAGAUGGUGGAUUCUGCCCCUCAGUGGGAAGCAGUGCUUCGACGGCAGAAGGAGAGAUCCCAGAAUGACCCAAACUACAGGCGCUCCAGACACCGCUCCAGAUCGAGAAGCCCAGAUGUUCAGGCUAAAGAGCAACUUUGGAAGCACAUCCAGAAAGAGCUUGUUGAUCCCUCUGGUUUGACUGAAGAGCAACUAAAAGAGAUUCCAUAUAAAAAAGUAGAAACUCAAGGAGACCCUAUCCGAAUACGACAUUCACACUCACCAAGAAGCUUUCGCCAGUACAGACGAUCCCAGUGUUCUGAUGGAGAAAGAUCUGUGCUUUCAGAAGUAAACUCCAGAACUGACCUUGUGCCUCCCCUGCCUGUGACUCGCACAGCUGACUCUCAGGGCUCCAGUGCUCAUCCCUCUCAGCAGAAGAAAAAUGGAUCCAAAGACAAUCUUUCAGAAGUCACCGACCAGGAUGUGAAAUGCAGUACAAAAGUGAAGACCAUUCAUACUGCCAGACAAAAAGCUGAGACAUGACCCAGCUCUUUACUUGAGAAACAUUUGUCAACACAAAAGCCUGAUUUUGCUUGAAACCAGAAAUGUGAAUGUGCAGAUUCCGUGUUACGAAGGAAACAAAAUAAUGGAAAAACAACUGACAAUUACAUGCGUACAUUGCAGUGCUACUUUCCUUCAGUGAACUGUUACUGUGUACAUUUUAGAUUAUGCAUGACCAUACACUGGAUUACUCAACAUGACUCCAGAUAGACAUUUCAAUGUAUGUUUGUCUGCUUCAACAUUUUCCAAUCUAAGGGACAAUUUUAUGUUGCCAUUACCUCUAAGCUAUUUGACCUCCAUUUUAUACAGUAUUAAAAUGUGUGUAGGCGACAUGAUAAAUGUAGACGUAUAGCCAGGCUAUCAUCAGUUGAAUUAUUUUUUAUUCAUCAUGUAUCUAUGCUGCUGUACUUUUUGCACAAAUGUAGUUAUUUUAUUCACCUGUUUACAAUCAUGUUUUCAUCUGAUGGCUUAGUACAAUACAAAAAUUAGAUCAUAAUAAAUGCAUCAGUUGCCAAAAGUC